AUGACAUUUGCACCAAAACAAGAUUGUUCUGUAGAUAGUUACUAUACAAUUAAUCGGAUUUUAUUAUUAUGUGUCGGUUUAUGGCCAUAUCAAAAAUCUAAUUGGAGAUACAUUAUAAUAACAUUUUUGACUAUAAUAUUCAUAUCGUUCAUAGUAUUUCAGCUAAUGACUUUUAUCACAGCACAGUACAGUAUAGAUAUUCUUCUACAUAUUCUUGCAUCUUGUGUUCCAUGGGUAGCCUACACGUUAAAAUAUAAUUUUCUCUGCUUAAACUCAAGAUCGAUACGACGCCUUAUGGAACGAGUCUAUUAUGAUUGGACUGAAUUAAAUAACGUGCAAGAAUUUGAACUAAUAAAAAAGUAUUCAGCUUUUGGAAAACUUCUCACAUUGAUUGUAACAUUGAUCAUCUAUACAACUAUUUUUUGCUUCAUCAUAAUAAUGUUUCUGCCAAAUAUUUUUCUAAAUGUUUCAACUACUAUGAAUGAAUCACGCCAAGUACAACUUCCAGUCCUAACAGAAUAUUUUAUAGAUCAGGAAACAUAUAUUGUCCCAAUCGUUUGUCAUAUGGGUUUUGUUCAUUUGUGUGCAUUUACUAGUAUGAUAGCCAGUGAAACGUUUCUUAUGUCAUGUGUACAACAUGCAUGUGGAUUAUUCGAAAUAGCCAGUUAUCGCAUAGAACGAGCAUUACACAAAGACAUGGUACAUGGUAUUACAUCUUUCACCAAAAGAAAUUCAAUAAUAUGUCGAGGAAUAAUCAAUGGGUUCAGUAUGUACAAAAAAGCUAUCGAAUUUAUUGAAAUAUUGAAAGUAUAUUGCAAAUGGGCAUAUUCAUCGUUAUUACCGUUAGGAGUAUUGUCGCUGAGUAUUAAUCUUUAUCGCUUUUCUCAUUUAGUGACGUCCGAGGAACAUUACGAUAUGAUCAUUAACUUCAUGUUUAUCGUUGGCCAUUUUGGGUACAUGUUUUUUUGCAACUAUGUAGGACAGGAACUAAUCGAUCAUAGCAGCGAUGUUUUUUAUAAAACGUACAACCUGCGAUGGUACGUAAUUCCAUUGAAAGCACAGAAGUUACUGUUACUUGUGAUGCAAAGAAGUAUGCGACAUUGCACAAUUGUUCUUGGUGGCUUAUUCAUUAUGUCUUUACAGGGAUUUGCUACGAUUGCAAGCAUGUCAAUAUCGUAUUUUACAGUAUUAUUGAUCGUCUAUACAACUCUUUUCUGCUUCAUCCUGAUGAUGUUUCUGACCAAUUUUAUUCUAAAUAUUCCAACUGCUAUGAAUGAAUCACGCCACAUACAACUUCCACUCCUGAUAGAAUAUUUUAUAGAUCAGGACACAUAUAUUUGCCUAAUUAUUUGUCAUAUGAGUUUUGUUCAUUUGUGUGCAUUUACUAGUAUGAUAGCCACUGAAACGCUUUUUAUGUCAUGUGUACAACAUACAUGUGGAUUGUUCGAAAUAGCCAGUUAUCGCAUAGAACGAGCAUUGCACAAAGAUAUGGUACAAGGUAUUACAUUCUUUACCAAAAGAAAUUCAAUAAUAUAUCAAGGGAUAAUCAAUGGAUUCAGUAUGUACAUAAAAGCUAUCGAGUUUAUUGAAAUAUUAAAAAUAUAUUGCAAAUGGGCAUAUUCAUCGUUAUUACCGUUAGGAGUAUUGUCGCUGAGUAUUAAUCUUUAUCGCUUUUCUCAAUUAGUGACAUCCGAGGAACAUUACGAGAUGAUCCUUCGCUUCAUGUUCAUCGUUGCCCAUUUUGGGUACAUGUUUUUUUGCAACUAUGUAGGACAAGAACUAAUCGAUCACAGCAGCGAUAUUUUUUAUAAAACGUACAACCUGCGAUGGUACGUAAUUCCGUUGAAAGCACAGAAGUUAUUGUUACUUGUGAUGCAAAGAAGUAUGCGACAUUGCACGGUCGUCAUUGGUGGAUUGUUUAUUAUAUCAUUAGAGGGAUUUGCAACGAUUGCAAGCAUGUCAAUAUCGUAUUUUACAGUAUUAUUUUCUCUCUUUUGAUCAUCA